AUACAUCAACGAUCCCGAAUACAAAACUCACCGAUUGUCAUCGUUACCGCACUCAAAUACUAAACCACAUUACAAUCAUUGCACUCAAUAUGAAGUUUUCUAUUGCAUCUUCCCUUACUCUCCUUGCCACCUCAGUGGCCGCUUUGCCAAGUGGUUUCGUGGCUCGUCAAAGUUAUGAUAACAUCACUUUCACGAUCAUCAACGAUCAAACCGGUGCCCAAGCUGCUGCUACAGUCCUCAUCGAUGGAAUCCCCAACGGAUUUCAAGACCUCUUCGGCAGUAGCCCCCUCGCAUCGAAUGGAAAAAUUCUAGCUACAUCCACUCAACUCAUCGCUUUCCCCCAGGGAGUCGACUGUGCCAUUACCAAUUCUGCUCAGGCUGUCGUUGGCCAUCUUACGCCUAGUCACACAUGGCUUGAUUUGGAUGGAAACCCGAACGCUGCAAUCCCUGUGGAUGUCUCGGGCGAUAGCAUCACUUGUUCAUUCUAAAUCCGCGCUUGGCCAGGUGUCGUUUUCGAUCACCGUUAUGAUAUUUCCAUGGCUUGCUACAAGGACAUAUACUGGAUACGCAGUGAUGAAGGGGAGAAAACUGGAGUGAUCACUGGCAAUCUUUCCAUUAGUACUCUUUUUCUUGUGUUUUGUAAUUAGUACUAGGUAG